UAUGGGGAUGCCGAUCGGGCGGCGAGAGAAGAGAAGGGGGAAGAGGAAAAGGACAAGACCUUGUGGAGGAGAGAGACCGUGGGCAAGAUGAAAGAGCGGGGCGUCGCGCUUGUGGUCGGCAGCGAGUCGCCCGUCCUCUCACGCCAUUAAAUGCUGGGGUGUGCAGCCAACCGAUCUCCAUCGAGGAGGAGUGUUGCCACUACGCCUAUGGCAGCAGCGGCGGUGCCAUAAAGAUCACGCGGAAGGGAACAAGAAAAAAAGCCGGAGCUUUAGUUGUUUUUUGUUGUUGCCGUGACUUCGUGCUUUCUUGAGAUAUAUUCUGGUCUCUUUUUUCACACAUUUCAUCGAACUUUUGGUUGGCGACGGUGGGAGAGAAGGGGAUGGAAGGCAGCGCGAUGUCGAUGGAAGAGGAAGGGAGCGGGGGAGAGGUCGCCGCGCCAGCUCGCGAGGUCCUCCUCAUCUCCGCCGGCGCCAGCCAUUCCGUCGCUCUUCUCUCUGGCAAUGCUAUGUGCUCCUGGGGAAGGGGUGAAGAUGGACAGCUGGGCCAUGGAGAUGCUGAAGACCGGCUUUUUCCAACGAUACUGAGUGCGUUGGACAGCCAAGGCAUAGUGUCUGUCACUUGUGGAGCUGAUCAUACAACAGCAUAUUCUCAAUCAGAUGAUCAAGUUUAUAGUUGGGGAUGGGGUGACUUUGGAAGGUUGGGCCAUGGAAACUCUAGUGAUGUAUUCAGUCCGCAGUCAAUUAAGGCACUGCAAGGCUUGAAGAUUAAACAAAUUGCUUGUGGGGAUAGCCACUGUUUGGCUGUGACUAUGGACGGAGAAGUACAAAGUUGGGGUCGGAACCAAAACGGACAACUUGGUCUUGGCACAACAGAGGACUCUCUUAUACCACAAAAGAUUCAAGCAUUUCUGGGUAUAUGUGUCAAAAUGAUUGCUGCGGGUGCUGAACAUACCGCUGCAGUUACAGAAGAUGGUGAUCUCUAUGGUUGGGGUUGGGGUCGUUAUGGAAAUUUGGGUUUGGGUGACCGUAAUGAUCGCUUGAUUCCAGAAAAGGUUGCUUCUAUCAAGGGAGAAAAGAUGGUCCUCGUUGCAUGUGGAUGGCGUCAUACUAUUACUGUCUCAUCCUCUGGGAAUUUGUACACAUAUGGUUGGAGCAAAUAUGGUCAAUUAGGACAUGGAGACUUUGAGGAUCACCUCAGUCCGCAUUGGUUGGAAGCCCUAAAAGAUAGUUGCAUAUCUCAGAUUUCAGGUGGCUGGAGACAUACUAUGGCACUCACAUCUGAUGGGAGACUAUAUGGUUGGGGGUGGAACAAGAAGGUGAAGCAAAUUUCCUGUGGAUGGAGACACACCCUUGCUCUUACAGAAAGAGGAAAUGUUUUCUCUUGGGGCAGGGGCACAAGCGGACAGCUUGGCCAUGGUGAUAUUGUUGACCGGAAUAUUCCCAAGAUGAUAGAGGUGAUAAGCAAGGAUGGAUUAGGCUGCAAGCAGAUAGAAUCCUCUAAAUUUUUGCCUUCAUCAGGCAAAAUCUGGGUUUCACCAUCAGAAAGAUACGCCAUUGUUCCUGAUGAGAAUAUUGCAAAGCAUUCAACAAACCCAAUCAAGGGCAAUGGAAGUGAUGCAAACGUACCAGAGAAUGAUGUCAAGAGGAUGCGAGUGUAGCUCUUCACUGUGCCCCAUUGUGCUGAAUAUUAUGCAGAUGUAAAGCACCCUACCUUGUUUUCCUUUCCUUGAAUUCUAGGCGAUCGUAAUUACAUUAAGAUCUUACUAUAUGUCCAUACUUAUCUGUAAAAUCUAGAUCUCUAAUUGCCCUUGUGGCAGUAGCACUCGUUAUGUUCUUGAGAUAAGUCCGAUGAACAGAUCGUGUUUGACCUUUGCUAA